CAAGACCCCUCAGAAAUGGAACCCAGGCGUCCUAGCUGGGGAGAUCAGGAGGCGAUUUCUACGGGCUGCUUGCUUUAUUACCCUGUAACGCCCCCCCCCGCGCCCUAUAGGGUGGGAUGGGGGACCGAGUGUUUGGGGGGCAAGUUCCAGCGCGGUGGCCCCCCCUGCCGCGCGAUACGCUGUGGGGCGAGGGGGGGCGUCUCCAUCCUUCCUGCCCGAGCCUCGGAUCCCCUUUGCCAUAAAUGGUCACCGCAGCGGCAGCGGCGGCAGCAGCGGCGGCGCGGCAGUCGAGCGGGGCUGCGCUCCGGGAAGGCGCGUCACUGGGGCGGGGGCCGCCCAGCAGCCAGCUACCGGCCCCGGAGUCCGGGACCCAGCCCGCGCCCGCCCGGGAUGGACGAUCUGGAUGCUCUCCUGGCUGAUCUGGAGACGACAACCUCCCAUAUAUCCAAACGCCCCGUCCUGCUUACCGACUCCGGAGGAGCCCACCCCAACGGGCUGAGCCAAGACGGGACCCCAGACCCCAAGCCAACUCCUCCACCGUACAACAACCCUCAGCAGCAGGCUGGGACCACAGCCAUGCCGGUAGACCCAUUUCCAGCAUCAACCAUGCAGGGCGGAAAUGACAAGGAACACCUGUACAGCACGGUCUGCAAGCCUCGCUCACCCAAGCCCAAGGAAGGGGCCCCUCCGCCCUUCUCCUCCUCCAGCGGCGUGCUCGGAGCGGGACUUUGUGAACUGGACCGGCUCCUGCAGGAACUCAACGCGACCCAGUUCAACAUCACAGAUGAAAUAAUGUCUCAGUUCCCAACCAGCAAAAGCCCAGGCGGAGACAAGGGCAAAGACAGGCCGGAAGAAUCUAUAGACGGCAGCUCCAUUUCCCGGUCAACAGCUCCUCCGCCUGCAAAGCCAUCGGCUACGUCUGCCACCUUAGAGCUGGACAAGCUGAUGGCCUCCCUGUCAGAUUUCCGGGUCCAGAGCAAUCUCCCAGGAGCCUCCACCUCCACCACUGUGUCGCCCCCUCCAGCUCCUGCCCGAGUCUCCUCAGCGCAGCUGCCGGUGGUCUCAUCCGUCUGCCCCAGCCCCGCUGCUGCGCCCCCACAGACCUCCCCAGCGCAGCCGAGCGGGAACCUGGACAGUAUGCUUGUGAUGCUGGAGUCAGAUCUCAGCCGCCAAGGGAUCUCCACCACUGCCAAGGGGCUGUGCGCAUCCUGCCAGAAACCCAUCGCAGGGCAGGUGGUCACAGCAUUGGGAAGUACCUGGCACCCUGAGCAUUUUGUGUGCAGCCACUGCCAGAAGGAGAUGGGGGGCAGCAACUUCUUUGAGAAGGAUGGCGCCCCCUACUGCGAGAGGGACUACUUCCAGCUCUUUUCGCCCCGCUGUGGACUCUGCAAUGAACCCAUCCUGGACAAAAUGGUGACCGCAUUGGAUAAGAACUGGCACCCAGAGCACUUCUGCUGCGUCAAGUGUGGGCGGCCCUUUGGGGAGGAAGGCUUCCACGAGAAGGACGGGAAGCAGUACUGCCGCCAGGACUUCUACGAGCUCUUCUCCACCCGCUGCCAGGGGUGCAGCCAGGCCAUCUUGGAGAACUACAUCUCGGCCCUGAAUGCCUUGUGGCACCCAGAAUGCUUUGUUUGCAGGGAGUGCUACACGCCAUUUGUGAACGGGAGCUUCUUUGAGCACGCCGGCCGCCCGUUCUGCGAGAUCCACUACCACAAGCAGCGCGGCUCGCUCUGUUCGGGCUGCGAGAAGCCCAUCACCGGCCGCUGCAUCACGGCCAUGGCGCGCAAGUUCCACCCCGAGCAUUUUGUCUGCGCCUUCUGCCUCAAGCAGCUCAACAAGGGCACCUUCAAGGAGCAGAACGACAAGCCCUACUGCCACCCUUGCUUCAUCAAGCUCUUUGGGUGACCAGGAGGGCGCCACGGCCGCGCCAUGCCCGCUACCAGCAUGGGAAAAGGGAAGGCCCACCAAUCCCAGCCUUUGACCAAGCCACGCCCACUGCCACACAUGGGAGAGGCCUGUGCCUUAUGGGUUCCACCCCGGCGGAGCCACCACACGAUUGCCAAAGCCACGCCUCUAGCCAAAGGCGAGAAGCUGGACUUGUCCGCUUCUCCCACUCUACUCAGGAGCCAAUCCCAUCGCAGCCACGAGCAGCCAAUCCUUGGCCCUCACCCCCCGUCACAUGCUACUUUAAGCCACACCCACACAGCGCCAGCGCUUCAGACAGGAGGCAGUGCCUUAAGCCGCAACUCACACAAGACUAGCUGGCGAUGUCAUCCAGGUAGAAGGCGGGGCCAUAAAGAAGCCACACCCCUCCGUUCCCUGUGAAGUCUGUUCCUGCAAUGCCGUCCAGUAGCGUGUCAGAAAGAAGCACCUGAAACCCAUCUCCCUACUCUCAAGCCAUAAAAGCCAUUCAGGUGGGAGGUGGGGGGGAAAAACCCUUUACUUCCAGGUCCUUUGGUAUCUUUUACCGCUUUUGCCUUCGGGUGCAAGGUGAGGGGCUAUUUCACUUCGGGGCUGCCCUAAAGCACUUACGAUUGUGAUCAAGUAUGAUCUAAAAUGGUUCAACUACAAGAGGGGAGAGGCAGCAGUAACUCUGUGGCCCAUCCUUCGGUGGCAGAGAUUUUGGGGCGAGUUUACGUGUAAACAGCUUUGACACCACCCCAAGGGUUAUAUCUGUGAGCUGUCAGUGGAAUUUGGGAAGAUGCCUCUCUCCCUUAGUGUCCU